AUGGCGGGCCGGCCGGGCGGGGGCGGCCGGGCCACAACAAGGGCCGCUGGGGCCGCCCGCGCCUGCGCGUUGCGCGCUGGGCCGGGGCAGAUGGGCGCCGCCGAAGCCGGGGCGAAGGAGCACGGAGAGCACCGAGCGUGGCCGGAGAGCACCGAGUGUUGCCGAAGAGUGACGAAAAUUGACGGAGGGGCCCGACCGGAGAGAGACGAGCGUCCCCGAAGCAGGGACGAGCGAGGACAAAAAGAGCUGAGAGACGGGAAGGCCCGAGCCCGCGCCGAGCGAAGACGAAAAGUGCAGAAGAGGGACGGGACAGACCGAGGGGCGAGCGCGCGCCCCCCAGCGGAGGCGCCGCGCCGGUGGCGUGUCCGGACAGGAUCACGUGACACACCCGCCACCCCACUCGCCCCCCGCCCCCGAUACCGGGGCACCCCCAGGACCCCGGCCAACAACACCCCUGGUGCGGCCAUCAUCGCACCGGCAACAGCCACCGCGAACACCGGCCAUACUGUUACACACACAAAGCCCCACUAUGACUUUCUCCCUGCAGUCGCUCCCCCCGACUGCCUCAGUGCCCCCAGUGAUGCUCCCAGGGAUCCAGGUGGGCUGGCCGUUGGGAUCCCCAUUCCAGCCAUGCUCCUGGAGCAGCGCAGUGGCGGUGAUCUCUACAGCACGAGCCAUGGGAACACGGCAGGAUUAAUUGCGGGGUCCAAGAGGUGUCCCUACCCUGCUGCUGCCCACAGCCACCCAGGGGUGGAGUGUGUCCUCUUCAACGAGGAGUACAUGAUCUGCAUGUGGGGGAGCAGAGAGAUGCCCACAGUCAACUACUCCCUCUUCUACUGGUACAGGAACGCGUCUGACAAGGAGGUGGAGUGCAAGCGCUACCUGCAGGACCAGGGUGUCAGGGUCGGCUGCUACUUCGAGCAGAACGAGCUCAUCCAGUUCCAGCCUUUCCAUGUUCUCAUCAAUGCCAGUGUUGCCGGCAAGACCCUGGAGAUCCCCAGCAAGCGCAUGGAGCUGCAGGACCUGGUGAAACCAGCGGCACCUGUCAACCUGACCAUCCGCAACAUGAGUAACAAUCAGCUGCAGCUGACCUGGGCCUCCCCAUACCCCAGAGACAAGUGUCUGGAGCACGCUGUCAAGUACAAGAGCAACAAGGACACCAGCUGGACGGAGCUCUCAGUGAAUGGAGACGUCUUCUCCUUACCCAGUGUGGACUAUGAGAAGUCCUACACCUUCUAUGUGCGCAGCAAGAUCAACAAAUACUGUGGCAGAACCCAGUUCUGGAGUGAGUGGAGCAUCCCUGUCAUCUGGGGCAGCAACUCUACCAGCAAGGGCACGGUGGAGGAACAGCUGUACUGGUUUGGGAUCCGCACGGUCUUGGUCCCCAUUGCCUCCUGCCUGCUCCUGCUGGUCCUUGUCAUCCUGCUGGUGCGCAUGGAAAGGGUAUGGGUCAUCCUGAUGCCCCGAAUUCCCAACCCCAGCAAGAAUUUUGAUGAGCUAUUCAUCACUCACAAUGGCAAUUUCCAGGAAUGGGCUGGAGUCCCCAAAGAUGUUGUGGAGAGCUUCAAGCCAAACUACAGCGAGAACAUCUGCUAUGUGACUGAGCUGCCACCCAAGGACAGCCAUGAGCCCCUCUGGGACAGCAGCAACCAUGCACCACCUCCAAUGCCUGUGCCUCCAGUCGCCCCCUGGUAGUGAGCAUAGCCCCUACCAGAACAGCUAUGGGAGAGUGUGACACACUCCUGCACCCCUGCAUCCCUCAUUCUCCACAGCUUUGCUGCCCAAACCUUACUGCUUCUCAGGCCCUACUCCCUGCCAUGCCUCUGCCAAAUGUCCUGGUUUUGCUUCCUGCAUGUCCCCCUCCCUGUUCCGAGGUGCCCACAAGCACACCCAGGAACGCGUCCUGAUGAGUGGGCAGCUGCAGCUGAACAGGCAGGGGCCACUGGCCAACUGAUGGGGACACAGAAUGAGGAGUCCCAGGGGGGUCAAGUGUGGAAAAAUAAGGAAAAAUAGGCAAGAAACAUUGUAAAAUGCUCAAGUGCCUUGCAGCUGAUGUAGAAAAACACAUAUACCAUACUCUUUGUUUAGCUUUGUGUGUUCAUUAAGUAGAAUUCUGUGUUUAGAUAAUACAGGCCUGUGAUAGACUUAGUGGCACCUUAUUUAACAUGCUUUAGAUUCCUGGCCUGCUGUGGGAAAGAUCAAAUCACAGUGGUAAACCACAACUGCAGAACUCCUUGAUAAACAGGCAAAAACAGCAGGUUCAGUGAUCCUCUAGGGUGAACCAAGAUCCACAGUGCCUGUAUUCUUGCUUAUGUGCCUCUGCCUGGGUGCUGCUUGGGGGAAUCCUCCAGUCGGUGAAGUAAUGAAAAUAAAUUUCCUCUUUGCAUUUCA